AAACUGCAAAGCUUAUACAUAUGCUCGAAUCAAUAUCUCAUUGAUUAAUAGAAUCAUAAUUGAACGUUCUCAAUCAAUUUGUUCGUGUACUAUUUUUCUGUGUUUCUUUUUUCCUUUUUUCUUUGUUUAAAAUUAAAAAAACCGACAAAAGCAGAACUGGAAUAUGGAAUUCUUCCACAAGGCCAAGGUGGUUCGAUUGUACAGACCCCGGCAUGGAAAAUACCUAAUUGCCCAAGAGGAUCAAGAGUCCGUCAAGCAGGACCGAAAUGGAUCGUCCAGGCAAGCCCGAUGGACCGUCGAAUUUGUACCCGGCUCCGACUCCAUUAUCCGCCUUAGGAGCUGCUAUGACAAGUACCUCACCGCCUCAAACCAACCAUUUCUGAUUGGAUUGACCGGUCGGCAAGUCCUCCAGACGCUGCCUGCACGUCUCGACUCUCCGGUGGAGUGGGAGCCAAUCAAAUGCGGCAACCACAUGAGACUCAGGAGCCGCUUUGGUCACAGCUUCCUCAGGGCCAAUGGAUCGCUGCCACCUUGGAGGAACACUGUCACCCAUUUCACGGCUGACGGAAGUAUCCCAAACUCCGACUUGGAUUGGGAUGCUGAAAUUCUUGAGAUACAUAAGGAUACAACGUCAUCUCACAUACAACCUCCUCCUCCUCACGUACAUGUCAAUGGCAAUGCUUCGGCUCCAGCUUCUGAACAAGGUAGCAUUAGUUACUUGCAAUAUGCGAUGGCAGGACUUAGCGCAGGAAAUCUAGGAGUUGGUUUAGUAAAUCUUAUGCCGGACGGUGCGGAUGCGAACGGACAUCUGACAGGAGUUGCGGACACGACUGGAGUUUCAGAUGCGACUGGAGUUGCCGACGCAGCCGGAGUUAUGGAUCCAACCGGAGUUGCUGAUGUUACAACCGCAGCUGCAGGAGGUAUCGACGCGGGAGGUCUAGCAGGAGAUAUCGUGAACAUGGCAAGUAAUUGUCCCGUGAUGUGAAAAAACCAGCUGCUUCAUCAUAUUUAGUAGUAUAGUGAAAUAAAUUAGCAGUUAUUCAGCAAAUUUAUGUUCUUUUAAAGCUUUAAUUUGUUUUUGUGUACUCUUUAAGCAAUAGAAUAUCAAUGAAUAACAACGUUAGUGAUACUAAAUAAAUAUAUCAAAA